AUGUUCUUCAAGAAACUGCGCUCGCGCUCGAAAUCCUCCUCCAAAAGCACCAAGCCGUCCAUCGACCGCGUAACCUCGUCCUCGUCGACCACGCACCAGGAAACGAUCCGGGAGGUGAAAGUGCCGGCAGUGACGGUCUCGGGUCCUGCGGCGGGGGAAGAGGGCGAGGAGACGAGUGAUUAUAAGGCGUUUUUGGAGAAAGCGAGAUGGGAUGCGGAGAGGAAGGAGAAGGAGACAGUGAGGAGUAUUAUGAAGGCGAGGGAGACGAAUUUGAGUCCGUGGGCGGGGAGGAUAGUCUGCCAGCUUGAGGUGCGAGUGCUGGGGUGGCAUACGGGAAAGAGGAUGCAGGACCAGCAUGAUCUAGUCCUUGUAGAUCGUCUUUCGACCUCGAACAUCAAUCCCUUCGACCAAGUAUCGAUGCCAUUUUUUUCAAUCCCAACACCCACAGGAAGUGUCCGGUCCCAAAUCGAAGCACAAUAA